AUGGGGAAAAAAGUAAAGAAAGGGAACGAAGCUCCAUGCAAAGAUACGUUUGAGUCACUACUCAUUAAGAGCAAAACUCCAGCCACAUCGGUGCUGAUGCUAAAGUCCCCCGAGGAGGAGGUCCUGGUCAAAGCCUGUGAAGCCAUCUAUAAAUUUGCAGAGAAAGGAGAUGAGAACAGGGUGUCCCUUUUGGAGCUUGGAGCACUGGAGCCUCUCUGUCAGCUUAUCACUCACAACGACAAGCUGGUCAGACGCAACGCCUUCAUGGCCUUGGGCAUCAUGGCCACCAACGGUGAUGUAAAGAGUAUGCUAAAGACGCUACAUGUCAUUCCAGCUUUAAUUGACAAACUGCCACUUGAGGAAGACACAGUUGUCCAUGAGUUUGCCACUCUGUGCUUGGCCUCUCUGUCAGUGGAUUUUGAUUGUAAAGUCCAGAUCUUUGACAGUAAGGCACUGCCACCUCUAAUCCAGCUCCUGUCCAAUCCGGACCCAGAUGUAAAGAAGAACACUCUGGAGACCAUCUUCAAUAUGGUUCAGGACCACCCCAGUCGACAGGCAGUGCAUCAGCUGGGAGGCCUCGCCCCACUGCUGGAACUGUUGAAGUCAGACUUCCCUAUCAUCCAGCAGUUGGCCUUAAAGACCCUGGAGAUCCUCACCAUCGAUAAUGAUACACACGCCGCCUUCAGGGACCAAAAGGGCUUUGACAGACUCAUGGACUUCCUCAACAACAAGGAAUUCAAUGACCUCCAUGUUGAGGCCUUACAGGUGGUAGCUAACUGUAUGAAGGAUAGGGAGAGUCUCCGGUUGAUCCACCAGGUGGGAGGAUUGACCAGGCUGAUGCAGUUCAUCUUCUCCCCGACCAUGCCCGAGAUUCAAUCCAACGCUGUUGAGUGCAUCGCCAGAGUGGCACAGGACUCAGUGAACCGUAAGUUGCUGCAUGAGCAGGAUGUGGAGAAGGCUCUGGUGGAGCUUCUGUUUGUGGAGAGUGACAGCGUGAAGACGGCUGCCUGCCAUGCUGUAGCUGCCAUGAGCCUCCAUCUAGCCAGCCAGGACAGCUUCAGAGACCUGGAUGGUAUCCAUGCAGUGGUGCCGUUGCUGAGAUGUGAAAGUCCAAAGCUGAAAGAGGCUGCAGCCCAGGCACUGUCUCACCUCACACACAACAACCAGCUCAACGCUGCUGCUGUGUAUGAGGCUAAAGGCGAUCAAGCCCUUGUCCAGGAGCUUCAUGUCAGCUGUACCAGCACGGUAGCCCACGCUGCUGCCACUCUGGCUAACAUGGCUGAACAGGAACUCCUCCGGUGCAGCAUCCUGUCACAUGGAGCCGUGCAGGCCCUAGUGGAGCCUCUGCAGUCCACAGAUACAAACACCCUGUUCCAGGCCACACGAUGCCUGGCAGUACUGACCUGUGACACAGAGGCCAGGACAAAGCUAAGAAAUGCAGGAUGCCUUCAGCCUUUGGUCAAUCUUUUGCACUACUCUCAUCAGGAGGUGCGUCGCAAUGCAUGCUGGGCUAUCAGUGUCUGUGCUAAUGAUGAGCCCACUGCGGUGGAGAUGUGCAGACUUGGAGCCCUAGAACUACUUCAGCAGAUCAACCAGUCUGUGAACCGAAGGAAUAAGUUCAGCGAGUUAGCCAUGGACAAGCUGCUAGACUCCAACCUGCCCAUCAAAUAUAGCCUGAUGGACCGACUGAACUCCACUGACAUUACAACUGAUGGCUUCUAUGAUGCUGGACAGGUUCGUGUGGGUCAAAAGUUUCUGACUUUAGAAGAAUUGUCCAAGCAGCCAGUCGACCAGCGCCGACCCAUCAUUGUUGUCAACAUAGCAGUAGACAGAGGGCAGAUGCAAGAUGAUGGACAAAAAGAGGAUGAUGAGGUUACAAAACAACAUGAGUCUAGUUCAGAGAAGCCAUGGACGAUGACGUAUGACACCUCAUUCCAGGUCCUAGUCACCAAAGCCACCCAAUCCAUCCUCCCACUGAAUGACGAUAGUGAACAGUAUGCUGCCUUGGCCAGGCUGGUGAGCGAGGCCAUGGGCGGGGUGGUGGAGGAGGAAGGCUUGUAUGAGUUCCAAUGGGAGCUCCACCUCAGCCAGCUGAAGUUUGAGCUUUGCUCCAACCUUGUUCCCAUUGGUAGGAUCAGAAAGGGGUUCCACUGCCACAGGGCAGUGCUCUUUAAGUGUUUGGCCGACCGUAUAGGAGUGAGCUGCACCCUGGUCAGAGGCGAGUACAACCGGGCAUGGAAUGUGGUACUAGUUUCCAGAGGGACCCCUUCCAUUGGGUGCCUGCCCCAGCUCUGCCCCUACAUAGUGGACCUCAUGCACCAGCCUGGCAGGCUGCUGAAAGCUAACACCCCUGCCGCCAUACAAUAUCAGUCUAUUUAGACCCAUGAGGUAUAUUAUGAAUUUAUAAGCAAUACCAGUCAUUGUAUAUCAGAUAAUUGUAGUGUGUCUGCUCUGUGCUGUACACCAGACCUUAGGAAACCAUUAAUACUAUUGUUACAUGAUCAUC